AUGAGCUCCCUAACCCCCAACACCUACCGCCGGUACAAGAUGGGCACUGAGGCCAUGUUCAGUCGGCUCUUGGAGGCUCUGGACAAGACUGGCAUAACUCUGGACACAAGACUGGAGGAUACUAGCAUCAGACACCUCCUCAACCUUGCAUCUCGAGCCCAGAGAUCGGGUGCGUCGAUGCCGUACGAAGUUCUCCACUCACUUGAGGAUGCGCUCAAGAUACGAAGGCAUCAUGGGUUUGCUCUGACUUCCAAGCCGCAUCUAGAGAGCUGCUUCCUGGUGGUCCACAUGAGUUCACAGGAUGAGCCUGGUCCGCAUCAAUCCAGGAGCACCAUUCCCUUGCGAUAG